AUGGCGGGAAUGGAAGUGUUCUUCUCGAGCUUCUUCAAGUCAAUAGCCCUGAUUAGCUUGGUGAGUCUCUCAGUUCACUUGUUUUAUAAAGUGCUGAAUUGGGCAUGGAUUAGGCCAAAGAGGCUUGAGAGAAUCCUGAGGGAACAGGGUUUCAGAGGAAAUGCCUACAGACCUCUGCUUGGUGACCAAUAUGAAAGUGGAAAACUGAUCAGGGAAGCCAUGUCCAGGCCUAUAGCCAUUGAUCAAGAUGCCAACAAACGUAUCAUUCCCCACAUCAUCAAAUCUGUCGAAAAACACGGGAAGAAAUCAUUUAUGUGGGUUGGAAGGAUUCCAAGGGUGCUUGUGACUGAUCCAGAGCAUGUGAGGGAAAUCUACACAAAAUACUAUUUGUUCCAAAAGAAUCACCACGAUCUUGACCCGAUUACAAAGCUUCUCUUGACUGGAAUCGGUAGCUUAGAAGGGGAAGUAUGGAAUUCCCGCAGAAAGAUCCUCAAUCCGGCUUUCUACUACGAGAAAUUGAAGCUUUUGCCGCCGGCAUUUUAUUCUUGCUGCCGGGAGAUGGUGGCUAAAUGGGAAGCUAAGGUGCUAGAGGGUUCUUCAACAGAGGUGGAAGUGUUGCAUGAUAUCGAAACCUUGACUGUGGAUGUCAUGUCAAAGACUCUGUUUGGAUGUGAUGUUGAUGAAGGAAGAGCCAUCUUUAAGCUCAUGAAUGAACUCACCAAUCUCACAAUUGAUGUCAUUCUCUCAGUUUAUAUUCCUGGAAAGAGGUAA